AUAGUGGUGGCGGUACUCAUACGGGGACAACGAACAAUUCAGAGUCCUCUUGAUCAGUUCUAUAUAAGAGUACAAGUCGUAUCAAGCGAAGGAGGCAUUUUCUGUUAGUAACCAGCUCGCCGGUGACCAAACGUUAAGGUCAAGCUAGAUAUAAGAACCGCGUCGUCAAGUUUGUCCGAAUUGUUCCACGAAGAAGAAGAGUCAGAAAAUAACCGGAAUAACCGGAAAGAAGACCUCAAGUAGGGAAAAGAGAAACCAAAAAACAGUAAGAGAAAAAAGAGAAAAAAACGAGAAGUGCGUGUCUGCGGAAAGCGGUUGCCGCUUUGGAGUGGAGCCAGUGUUCGGUCAAAGAAAAGAAAAAAAUACAGUAUAUAUACGAGUGAAAGGCAACCGAAUUGUUGUAUUUCGACUGUCAUUGGCAGUGCGAGUAACGGUAUAAAAGUGUUGGCUCUCGCUGAAAUUGGGGAAAUCUCGCGUUUCAGAAGACUAAAAAGCCAGAUCUUUGCUAACCAUACGAAGCAAGAAGUUACAAUUUCUUCAAACAUUUGAAAAUGGGUACUCUGCAGCAGCAAUCGAUUUUAAAAGGUCAACAAAUAGGAAAGAAUCAAGAGAAAGAUUUAGUGCACGAAUUAUUCAGUCGUGCGGCAAAAGCCCAUCCAAGUCAAACUGCAUUAUAUUACGAAGAUGACGCCGGUCAGGAAUACGUGCUGUCUUUUAAAGAAUUAGAUAAUAUCACUAAUCAGCUGGCACGAGCAUUACAAAAGCGCGAAAAAUGUGAAACAACUUCUCAAUCGCUAAUAGCUGUCUGUAUGAAACCAUCAUAUCGACUUCCAAUUACAUUACUUAGUAUACUGAAAGCAGGAAUGGCUUAUCUACCUUUGGAUGCGGAGUUUCCGGUAUCUAGAGUGAAACACAUUCUCGAAGAAGCGCAACCAUUAGUAGUAUUGGUCGAAGAAGGAGCUGAUUUAUCAAUCUAUGAGGGAGCUUUGGCCGUGACGUACGAACAACUUUUGAAAGAGGCCAGACAAGAACAAGAUGAUGCAUUACAAAUUAAGGAGAGAUCGAAUCAACUCGCUAUUGUUCUUUAUACUUCCGGAAGUACAGGAAUUCCUAAAGGUGUGCUCAUACCGCAUGCUACUGUACUAAAUCGUCUACAAUGGCAAUGGAGAGAAUUUCCAUACGCUGACGAUGAAGAACGGUGCGUUUUCAAAACUUCUCUUACUUUCGUCGACAGUGUUCCCGAAAUUUGGGGACCUCUUUUACAAAGUCGUACCAUAGUAAUUGUACCAAAAAGCGUGACUAAAGACCCAGAAAAGUUUGUACCACUCUUAGAGAAGCAUCAGAUACAACGUUUGGUCCUCGUGCCAUCGUUAUUGCAUUCAUUGCUCAUGUAUCUAGGUUUGCAAAAUAAUGACAACGUUCUCGAUCGCUUGAAACUCUGGAUAUGUUCCGGGGAAACUUUAUCGGUCGCAUUGGCCGACCAAUUUCUUACUACGUUUGACAAAAAGGACAAGAUAUUGGCUAAUUUCUACGGAAGCACGGAAGUCAUGGGUGACGUUACGUAUUACCUAUUAAGCAAACGAGCACAAUUACAAGGGAUGGAGAAAGUGCCAAUUGGAAAACCGAUCGACAACUGCAUAAUUUAUCUUGUAAACAAGGACAUGCGACUGGUUCCCCAGGGGGAAGUCGGAGAGUUGAUCGUGGCUGGAAGAAACCUUGCCGCGGGUUAUAUACGCGAACGAGAUACACAUAAAUUUUUGGACAAUCCUCAUGCCAUCGAUCCAGGAUAUCCGAGAAUUUUCCGUACAGGUGAUUACGCUAAAAUUGUCAAAGGAUCGAUAAUUUUCGAAGGACGAGUGGAUUCGCAGAUCAAAAUUAGAGGUCACCGUGUCGAUCUCACGGAAGUCGAAAAAGUAAUUGCCAGAAUACCCGAUAUUGAUAAAGUCGUGGUUCUUUGUCACAAACCUGGCGAAUUGACACAGGCACUAAUAGCCUUUGUUACCAUUGUGGAUGGUACGACUCUAUCAAAAUCGGAGAUCGAAGAUUUUCUUCAAAGGACAUUACCGCCAUAUAUGUUACCGCAAAUUUUUAUUGUUGAUCACAUACCUCUUUUAACCAAUGGAAAAACGGAUCGACAAACAUUACUAAAAAAAUAUGAAUCAUCUUGCUCUAAUGAAGAGGACGACGUUGCUACAAAUUGUGAUUACAGCGGCGUGUCAAGUCAAGAUCUUGCAAAAGCCCGUGUCCUCUUUCCAACUAUCGCGUCCGUAAUCGGAUGUAGUAGUCGCACAUUGAUAACACUACACGCGAAUUUCUACGAACUUGGUGGAAAUUCCUUGAAUUCCAUUUACACCGUGACGAAAUUGAGAGAUCAGGGUUAUCAGAUUGGUAUCACGGAUUUUAUCACGGCGAAAAAUCUAGCCGAAUUAUUAGACCGGAUGAAGCUCAUAUCAUCGGACGAGGAACCUCUGAAAGAAGCCAUCGACGAGAAGCCAUAUAUCUUUGAAUCAUUAAGUGACUGUGAUAAAGAGAACGCAAUCGAAAUAAUCACCGAGAGCUUUUAUACCAAAGGCGAUUUGGAGCGGUGGUUAAUGCCAGACGUAACAAGGGCCGAUUAUCGGGAACUGGUAGAGUCUAUGUGGGAUCCUCUUAUAGAAAAAAACCUCAGUUACGUCGUAAAAUCGGCGCAGAAUGAGAAAAUAAUCGGGAUUGCUUUAAACUUUGAUCUUUGGGAUGAGCCUGAAGUGAUACUGAAAUCUAAGUUAAUGAUCAUUUUCGAUUUUCUCGAAUAUCUGGAAAAACCGAUUCGAGAUUACAAAUUACCACAGGGUAAAGGUCAGAUUAUUCAUGCUUUCAUGAUGGCGACGAACAGCAAUUUGAAUAGCGCGGAGAACAUACUUGUAAUGAGACAUAUGGAAGAAUAUUGCUUGCAAUUUGCCAAACAAAAAAAGUACAGCGGAAUUUUCACUACAAACACUAGUCCACUUACACAGCAACUUGGUACAGACGUAUACGGUUAUGAAACAAUGCUGAUAUAUCAAGUAAACAAAUACGAGACUACCGAUGGAAAUAAACCUUUCGGCAAAGCUCCUGACGAUCAAGUGGCAAUUUGCUCAUUCAAGAUGAUCAACUAGAACACGAUUUUAAUAAAUAGUAUAAAAAAAGUAUUUCUAUCGAAUAGUAUAAGCGUUAACUGCGCUCUUCAUCGAUGCAUCUGAAACUAUUAAUAAUCCAUUACCAUAAAACUACUGGACAUUGUUAUUUUUUGUAAAUAUCAGCGACAGAAACAAUUAAUCGAUGCAAUAACUGAACAAUCAUCUACACUUUUUGUUAAAAAUAAUAAUUUUUGUUUUUUCGUUAUUGUUUGUCAUAUUUUACAGAUUAAGAAAUUUUGAUUAAUAUUAUUUACUUUAGUAUCUAGAAAUCAUUUUAACUAUUUAUUGAUAUUAUUCGCUUGUAAAAAUAUAAUACAAUAAUAUGUAAUUCUAGAAGA